AAAUGCACGCGAGAUACUCGCACCUCAGCGGCCAGUGAGGUGUUUUGAUGGAUGCGAGGUUAUCCCGAAGAACAUUUGCCAUCCCUCGAACAGAAAACCAAUAGAAUAGCGUUUUCUCUGCGUAAUGAAUCUCCUCCUCCUCCUCCUCAUCCUCCUCCUCCGACAUAACGGAGCGAUGCUGGCGUUCACGCUUCAAACGAAUCGCGUCAAAUCGACUCGCGCCUUCAGCGCGAUGGAGAAGACUGAGUCCCUGGCGUGAAUUGAAGAGGGGAGCCCGACACUCAGCACAACACAAAACACACACAAUGCGCUCCUCCUGUCGCGAAUACGAUGCCUUUCUCUGGAUGGUUGGACUCCUAAUAUCACCUCGCUGAGCGAUGAUGCUCGUUUCACGGCUCGCCUUUGCUCGUCGUCCGCUUUAUUCGCGAAAGAAGCAGCAGAACGGAUGCUUGACCACUGCGAAACUGUCUUCACGCAUCAAGCCUCUUCUGAAUAUUGGCAAGGGACACGUUAUCUUAACCACGAGGGCCAGGGAGACACGAUUAAAGUUUCAACGAUGUAAAUCGAGGUCUGGUAUGAGUGAAGUCGCCUCCGUCUAGCACAAACUAGAGCUCACGUUUAAGAGAAGUGAAAGAGGAAGUCCGUUCAGCGUUUGCUGCGUAUCGCACCAUGAGCCAGCCACAGCCCCCUCAGCAGGCGGCAGUGCCGGAUCUGGAGGUGAUCUCUCAGCAGGUGGAGGAUGAAGGCCAGUGCAUGGCUCCAGUGCAGCUGGUCAGCUUCGCCUACAGGGACCUUCCUCUCGCUGCCCUGGACCUCUCGCUGGCCGGAUCCCAGCUACUUUCCAAUCUGGACGAAGAGGACAACCAAGAAGGGUCUAACUGGCUGAAGCCGUGCUGCGGGAGGAGGGCAGCGCUCUGGCAGGUGUGUUUGCUGAGUGCUGGCUUCAACUGUUUCCUGGUGGCCUGUGUCAUCUUGGUGGUGCUCUUACUGACUCUGGAACUGCUCAUCGAUACUAAGCUUCUACAAUUUAAUAAUGCAUUCCAGUUCGCCUGUAUCAUCCACUGGAUCAGCCUGGUCAUCCUGUCUGUCUUCUUCACUGAGACUGUCUUUAGGAUUGUGGUGCUCGGGAUAUGGGAUUAUAUAGAGAACAAAGUUGAGGUAUUUGACGGUGCUGUGAUUGUCCUCUCUCUGGCCCCAAUGGUGGCCUCCACGGUGGCUAACGGUCCCAGCAGCCCCUGGGACGCCAUCAGCCUCAUCAUCACCCUCCGCAUCUGGAGAGUCAAGAGGAUCAUUGACGCGUACGUGCUGCAGGUGAAGGUGGAGAUGGAGAUGGAGAUCCAGCAGUACGAGAAGACCAAAGCUAUGAGAGAGGAACAGCUGGAGAGACUCACACAGAUCUGUCAGGAACAGGCCUUUGAGAUCAGGCAGUUGAGGGCUCAUCUGGCGCAGCAGGAUCUGGAUCUGGCCGCUGAGCGAGAGGCUGCCAUGCAGAUCCAUCACGUAUGGGGGAAACAGAGCAGCAGCUUCCAGGAGAUCGACGGCCUGGGCCCCGCUGGAUCUGACAAACACACCAGAGAACCCAGACCUGCUCCAGAAAGUGUUCAUGAUGAUAUGAAUAACUACAUCAGUCAGUAUUACAGUGAGCCAAGUAGCGACAUCGGAGUGCCCGACCCUGGUGCUCGUGUCAUAACCACAGCAGCCAUCGAUGUCCACCUUCCCACCAACCCCAACCAGUUGCCGCCUUCCCUUGUCAGUGCAGACGGUCCAGGAAGUGGCCAAGAGCGCACGGUCAGCUCUGUAAGUGAAGCAUCCAGCACGACCAUGUCCCGGUCGAGCUGCAGCUUCACGGCCCGGCAGCACAGCAUCAGCAGCCACACGCUGGGCUCCACAACUGACUGCAGCUCUACCGUACGGGAGGCCUCCACCUCCGACUACAGUGGCCAGCGCUGCUGCCCUCCUCCAUACUGCAGCCCUUUGACCCUCGGGACGCAACCGGGCGUCCACGACCCCAGAGCGGUGGUCAAAGAGCUGCUCUCUUCCUUGUCCGAGGACUCCUGCCUAGCGCAGAAAGGCAGGGUGGACCCGGUCAACCUUAAAUUGCCCAGUCCGGCAGGGUCAGUGAAGGCCAGUCCGGAACUGGAGCACAGGGUGAACAUAUACAACAGGAGAAACCAGGAAAGUCUGGGUGUAUUCCAGACCAAGCCACUAAUUCACCUGCAGGGGACCGAGCCAUCUCUGGAGGAGAAGUACAGGCUUAUGGAGCCGGCAGAUACUCCACUGAGCCAUAUACCAGACACAUAGAGCAUGAAGUGUGGGACAGUAACCACCAACACCAGCUGAAGCAGCCUCUCUCUUGGCCUCUCUCUCUCUAUAUCACUUACUCAUUGGCUGUGUCCGAAAACUGAAAAUGGUGCCUUCACUGGCAGUAUCUGAGGUAGGAAGGCAUCAAGGCAUAUCCGAUUCCAAUGUUUGUGGAACUUCCGGUCUACUGAAAGAGUGUGACUAGACUAGACUAGUAGUUGCUGAAUCAAUGUAAAUGACCCAGGACCAACACU